UCUUGGAGCGGAUACAAUACACUGGCGGCCGUGGGAGGGAGGAGAAAUGCGAAUUUGUGCGCCGCAGAGCACGAGGUAGGAAGGUAGGCAUGCCGGACGCACAAAGAGUAGGGUUUCGUGAAGUUGGAGGCAGAGUGAGGAUGGCUCUCGAGGCCUCUCACUAUUCACAUGAUUUCAACGAAUGGCAGAUGAUCACGUUGGAACUUUGCUUUCAGGACAAACUCAUGACGAGUGCAAGCAUGACCAGUGCAGCAAUCACACGCAGCCUGUGCCCACAGCAUGGAAUGAUGAUCGUGGCCAGGUAUAUCGCUGCCUCAAUUUCCCAACCCAUCUUCCCUCACUCACAGACAAACUAAUUUCGCGGUAUCCCCUUGAUCAUGUCUGGGCCAGGAACAAUCCAGACUGUCUAUACGACCUCAAAGAAAGGCAAGCGAGAGCGUUUGGGCGAAUGGUUCCUGCGCAGCGCGCAACGCAGCCAUUCGAAACGCGGUAUACUCACGAACGGAGCCACGGACGGUAUCACAACCCAAGCCGCACAGUCGGAUACCUCCACACAAAGCAUCGACAAUGGUGCAAUUCACUCGAAUGGCAAUACUCCUGGCCCCACCGAUAAUCUGGCGCAAGACCAGACGCGCCGUGACCGGGCCACAAGUGCACCUCAGAUCCAAACGGAUCACAGGCAUAUCCAGUUUAGCGUCUUGAACGACAUUGUGGAGCGAGAAAGCCGCUCCAGCGGUGAUGGUGGCAGUUCACCUAUCCAAAGGCCGCCGAGUCGUGUCAGUAGUCGAUUGUUCGUCGCCGAAGAUUUCGCAGAAGCAAGCGAGAUUGAAGAAUUGUUGUACUGGGGACCAACAAGAGAUAUCGCAGCCGAGAAGCUCGUGAAGCUGUUGGACAAAAUUGGCAAGAAGUCGAAGGAGGCAGCCGAUACCAACUACAAGCUCAUCAGCAAGCAUUGCGGCUCGUACAACUGCGCUUAUAUUCUCGAGUCGAAUUUCAAAGAACGGACAUGCAUUCGAGUCCCAGCCUACGGAUUUCCAGGCAGGUGGAAUGACUUCGACGCAAAAUUGCUCCGAGAGUCUGCUUUGGGCAUGAAGUAUAUUCGGGACAAAACAGACCUUCCCAUACCGCGGUUGUUGUCUUAUGACCUAUCGUUGGACAACGAGAUCGGCGCACCAUUCAUUGCGAUGUCAUACCUGGGUGGGAGACCAGUAGAGGAGGUGUGGCCUCAACGAGAGGGCGAGGACUUCAGUGAUACGGACGCUAGGCGCCAUCACAUCCUUCACAGCUUGGCCAACACUAUGCCUUUGCUCGAGUCAGCGGUGUUCUCCCGCUACGGCGCUUUGCACUUCGACAAAGACGAUUCGGAGCCGACAGUGGGUGAUACUUCACGCCUUACGACAGAUGACAUCUUUGUGCUCCAGCGCAAAUUCAAGCCUGUGCCAUUCAGGUCGUCGCUGGAGGACUACGUGCAUGCCGCCAAACGCAAGCGAUUUGAUGAAUACAACUACCCCCAUGACAAUGAUGAUCCAUUCAUCAAAGGACUCUUUCUGCUCUGGGAGCUCUUCUGUGAGCGCUUCCUCGAUGUUGUGAAGGUUGAGCCAGGUGAGCCCGGGUUCGUCCUUAUGCAGUCCGACUUCAACCCACAGAACAUUCUCGUGGAUGACAGAGGUAAUGUCACCGGCCUCAUCGACUGGGACUGCCUCGAAGCCAUUCCACGUCAAAUCGGGUGGUCCUCGGUGCCACACUUCAUGCGGAAGGAUUGGGAGCCUGAGUAUGUGUGGCCAACUCCGGAAGGUUCGAGGCAGCUGCUGCAGCCCCAUGAGUUUGACAAAUACCGCAAGGCAUACAGUCGCUAUAUAUGCGAGGCGUGCCCGGGCAGUAAUGACUCGAGGUUCACAUCCAAGAGCCACAUCUAUGCCGCCCUCCUACGAUCUGGCGAACACAUCGACAACGUGAAGCGUUUCGUUUCGAACGUGCUCGGUGAUAUCUUGCCUCGUCUCGGUGGCGUUCAAGACGAGUUCAUCAGCCAUAUCGGCGAGCACGGCUACCGGAAGGACCAGAAAGAAUGGCUGGACACUCGGUUGCGAGAGUUCCUUGCGCCUGACGGAUGCUGAAGCACUUGCAACUUUUGAAGACGCUUUUCGGCGCCGAUGUUCGGACCCUGGCUCGUGCUCAAGCUCAUCGGUGAGCACGUGGCAGACAUGCGAAACUUACCAUGGCGUCACUUUCCAUCCUGAUCCUUGAUGCGUAUAGUGUGUUUAUAGACUUAAUAUAAGGGAAGU